CUUCACGUACCUAGCAUUCUUUUUUCGACACCUAACAACAAUACACACAUCGAAAAAUUCUCGUGAAAUUCAAUACUUGAAUUUUUCAAUUCCAUUUUUCAACUUGAACAUUACAAAUGUGCCCGCAUUUAUCGAUAGUUGAUUUUUUAACGAUGGAACAAUUAAAUUUUUUGACGGCUUAAAACAGUGUAGUAGUGAACUGAUGAUAAUCGACUAGUUUUAAGGUGAAAAAGUCGUGUUUUUUUUCUCUUUGAAUCAUAAAUUCGAUACAAAUUUGUUGCAAAAUAUCUCGUAAAAUAUACACGCGUUAUAAAAUGCGUAUAAAAUACUUAAUUAAAGCUAAACGAACUUUCAAUUUUGAUUACAUAUGAAAUCGCGUUUAUUAAUUUUUUCCUGUGCGUUGGUGCGGUACGUUUUUUCGUAAUUAUUUAUAUUGUAUCUUGCAUAUUAUUAUUAGGUGGAUAUCUACAAUUCACUUGGAAUUUCACUUGGGCGAUAAUUCCCUGCCCCAUAAAAAAAAUUUCCAAGACUGAAAUGCCUCCGAAUCAGAAAGAACAUUUAUUAACUGAAUAUGACAAUUAUGUGAAAGAAAAGGAAGCCGACCUCAACAAAAAGAAUAAUGAAAGUGCAUUAUCAACGAGAUUUACUCAGCAACCGAUCAUAUGGUUGAAUACCAUUUCAAUUAUAUUAUUCCAUAUUGUAUCGAUAAUUUCAUUCUUCAUUUGUGUCCGUCAAGUUUAUUAUCUAACCAUAAUUUGGGGAUUUGUGGUUGGUAUUGCCGCUGGUUUUGGUGUAACUGCUGGAGCUCAUAGAUUAUGGACGCAUAGAGCAUAUAAAGCGAAACUACCUCUUCAAAUAAUUCUGUUGGUUUUAUAUUCCGUAGCAGGAAUGAAUUCGCUGUACGAUUGGGUGAGAGAUCAUAGAGUACAUCAUAGGUAUAGCGAAACUGAUGCCGAUCCUCAUAACUCCAAACGAGGAUUCUUUUUUUCUCAUGUUGGUUGGCUCAUGCAAAAAAAGCACCCAGAUGUGAUUCGCAAAGGAGCUGGUGUAAAUAUGAGCGAUAUAACAGAUGAUCCAUUGUUGGCUUUCUAUAAUAAGCAUUUCCAAGUUUUCAAAAUAUUAUUUUGUUUCAUAUUACCCGUCAUACCACCGCUUUACUUUUGGAACGAAUAUUGGUUAUAUGCUCUCGGAUCGCAAGUGUUUGUCCGUUACAUGUGUAUUUUAAACAUGACUUGGUCAGUUAAUAGUUUUGCUCAUAUUUGGGGACAAAGACCUUAUGACAAAAGAAUAAGGCCCGCAGAGAACAUAGGAGUAGCUAUAGUUGCUCUUGGGGAAGGAUGGCAUAACUACCACCACGUAUUUCCCUGGGAUUACAAAGCUGCAGAAUUGGGAAACUAUAAGUUUAAUUUCACUACAACGUUACUCGAUGUUUUCCAAAAAAUUGGCUGGGUUUACGAUGCAAAGACACCUUCUGCCGAAUUGGUUCAAAACACGAUAAAUAAAUACGGCGACGGUAGCCACAUCCCUGAAGUUCCUGAAGAAUAUGCCAAUGAAUCGAAAAUUUAUCAUCAAGAAUAAAAUAAAAAUAUAAAUGUUAAUACCUUUCAAAUGUGACAAAUGGAGGUCCACAAUAAAAAACAAGUGCUGUAUUUA